UGUGUCGCGGGCUUCUGUGGCGCUCGGAGGGGUCGCGGUGAUUGCGUACUGAAGCGGGUAGAGGUCCGAGCGGGGGGGAGUCGGCGGCAUGCCCCGAUAUUAUGAGGACAAGCCUGUGGACGGCGCGUGCGCGGGCGUGAAGGAGGACCUGGGCGCCUGUCUGCUGCAGUCGGACUGUGUGCUCCAGGAAGGAAAGACUCCUCGGCAGUGUUUGAAGGAAGGAAGUUGCAGAGCUUUGCAAAACUCGUUUUUUGAAUGUAAAAGGUCAAUGCUGGAUGCCAGAUCCAGAUUCCGAGGAAGAAAAGGAUACUGAUACCGUUAUGUCGAAACCAAGAUGGAAACAACAGGCUUCUCUGCUGUCGGCCGAGGAGCCUCGGGAGGAAGUGCACCACCGGCUCCGUCGGCCCGCUCACCGGUGACUUUCCCCCACGGGAGACGGGGGAGGGGGACAGUCCUGGUUUUGCAUAAGGAUAAAUAAAGAUUUUCUUGUUCUCAGUUAGUUUUAGAAGAAAAAGUUUAAUUAUGGGUACAUGGUAAAUGUGUCUUGAGAAUUGUUAGAACAUUCUUAGAAAGCACAAUUAAUGGAAAGACUGGUAGUUUUGAACUUGACUCAUGAAUCAGAUGACACAGUUUAUGACUGUCAGGAAGAUCACUGGUGUGACUAAUCAGUAAGAUGGAAGGGGGAGAGAAAAUGUCUAUUCUUUUAUGCAAUCUGUCCUACCUAGUUUUAAAAUAAAGUCAAUUGUGUUUGAUUCUUUGGAGAAGAAAUGCCUCAUUUUCACUGAACUGCUGAAGUGAACAGCCUCAGAACUUUAAUAUUAUACAUUAGACGUAGCUGGACGCAAAGCCCAGACGACAUUGUCAGGGUCUUUGCCCCCAUCUCUUGACUUUUUGUUUCCUGGCUCCCUUUUCAGGCUGGCCCCUCCCCCAUGAUGGGGACGGUGGCCAGUGUCAGCCAUAAGCCUACAUCCUUAAGAUCAGUGAUCCAGAAAGAAGAGAGAGAGCUUCCUCUUCCAGGGCCCACAAAUCAGAUAUUACAAAGGACCGUGGCCUCUCCUGGAUCACCUGCACUUCACGGGGCCAAUCCCUGUGGAGAAAAGGAUGGGUUCCGUGAUCGGCCAGGCCUGGGGCAGAGCCUUUCCUGUGGCACCAUAAUUGUUAACCCCCAUCAGAAUCGCAUUGGCUGAGUGCUGGGCCUCUCCCUACAGGAAAGAGGGAUUCAGAAGAAGAGAAACAAUAGGUGUUCGCUAUAGAAAGCAAGCGUGAAGAGCAGGAAAAGCUUGAAAAAGCUUAGAAUCACAGUAACUGCUUUAUUCUGAUCUCUUAAUACAGUAGAGGACCAAAUAUAAAACUUUCUUUUUGGUAUUGAAGGAUAAAAGAAACACCCUCGCUUCCGUGUGCUUCCACAGUUCGUUGGUGUUAACGUAGUCGAGGUAUUUGCAGGUCCCCUGCGUUAAAGGUUCACCCGAGGUGGUGACAACCUGCAGCAGCCCUGGUGGUUGUUGCAGAGUGUCACCGAGGUCUAGUGUGUGCUGCUUUUCACCGGUGAAGGGGAAAAGAUGGAUUCUGUUCAGUAGCUGUUGUAUACCUAUUUAAAUGCUAUAAUUUUUAUUAAAAGUAACUUUGAUAAGUAUUUUAUAAUACCCUAUCUUUUUUUAAUAACAACUUUGACAUAUAAUUCCCAUGCCAUGAUAUUUACCCUUUAAAGUGUACAAUUCAUUCGUUUUUAGUAUUUUCAGAGUUGCGCACUCAUCACCACUAAGUCCAGGACAUUCUUAUUACCGAAAAAGAAACCCCAAACCCAUUAGCAGUCACUCCCAAUCCCUUCUCCCCAGCCCUGGCAACCACUAACCUGCUUCGUCUCUCUGGAUUUGCUUGUUCUGGACAUGCCAUAUAGAUGGAAUCACACUAUGGGACCUGUUAUGACUGUGGCUACUUUUGCCAUAAUUGGUCAAGUUUUGUCCACAUGUGGCAUCUAUCAGUACAUCAUUUUUAUAAUAGUCCACUGUUCAGAUGGACCCCAUUUUGUUCAUCAGUCAAGGGACUUUGGGUGGUUUCCACUUUUGGAUGAUUAUGACUAAUGUUAGGAAAAUCACAUACAAGUUUUGCAUGGACUGUUUUCAUUUCUCUUGGGUAUAUGUCUAAGAAGGAACCCUGCUGUCACAGUGGUUAAG